AUGAUUGGAACCCACCAAUCGGCAGCAGAAAAUCCAUUUAAUAAUAUCACAAUUCGAGUGACACCAAUAGGUGGCUUGUUAAGUGAUGAGUUCACGGCAAUAUGUCAGUGGAUUAUAUUUACUCUAAUUUGUCAGAUCAUUGAUUUAUUUGGAAUUGCAACAAACAUUAUAAAUAUCAUCUGCUUUGUUAAGCAAGGAUUCAAUGACCCCGUCAAUAUCAGUCUACUAGGACUUGCCCUAGCUGACUUAGGUUGUUUGAUUACUCUGGUUUGGACCAACAUAUGCUAUACGCCAGCUUUCAGCGAUUACGAUCUACCUUUCGACACUAUAGAAUUCCAAUACCUGACAAGUGGAAUGCCUCACACAACAUUCACUAGAAUCACUGGCUGGAUAACUGCGAUAAUUACUCUAGAGAGGUGUCUGUGUAUAACAAUGCCCUUAAAG